AUGCCGACGCCGCCAGAAGGCUAUGCAGGCCACUUCUUCGCGUCCAUCCAGCGGGAAGACGCCAGUGGUCCGGCUUUCGCGUCUUGGGGGAAGAGCGGUGUCCCCGUCGAAGUCUUCCUCCAGAUCAUGCACGAGGUCAAGGAGGAGUCGGAGACAGAUCUCGUGUGGGCGAGCCACGUCUGCAAGGGCUGGCGUAAGGCGAUACUCGAGUGUGGGCCGCUCUGGGACGAACUGGAGGACGUCGAGGCUGGCUCGCUCUUCGCGCUCGAUCGCGUGAGGGCGUUCGCUGAGAGGUCGCAGGGAAACCUUCGCACCUUCUCCAUCACGUUCGACGCCGGCUUGCAAGACCUGCACAUCUCGACAGUUCCCAUCGUUCUCAAACAAGCGCUGCAAGAGGUGGCGAAGCGCGACGGCGGAAAGUCGCUCGUCGACUUCGAGCUCGACAUGCGAGGGUUGCGCUACCACGACGAUAUCGAGCCAAUCUACGCCGCCAUCUUCGCCGAAUUCUCCGCCGUCCGAAGCCUCAAGACCUUCAGGAUCUAUUCCACCGUCGACCGCUAUCCCGCUGGCGCCCCUUUCUUCUUUGCGUUGCCCGGCGUCGAGACGCUCGUCCUCACCUCCCAACCGUACGAGCUGCCCGGCGACGCCCGCCUCCCCGACUUCUUCUCGACCUCCGCAACCCUACAGAAUUCGCAGAUCUCGUCAUGCGCGCUGACGACACUCGUGCUGAGCGGCGUCUCGCUCCUGGACUCGGUCUUCCCCGACUUCCCGCACCUCAAGAUAAUCAAGUUCUGGCGAGUUCGCUGCUCGAACCUGCUCGGGCUCCUCAAGACGUGCGCAGCGACCCUCGAGGUCUUGUGGCUGCGAGCCGUCACGACGGAUGCAGCGGUGCGGUACCUCCCGCCUGCGAAGGACGGGUCGGGCGUGAAGGACUUGCCGGAGCCGCUCGACCUCCCUCGCUUGCGCGACGUACAGGUUGCUUCCUCGUCGCCGUUUCUCUGGACGACACCCACCCAGACGAGCAUCGGUUUCGUCACCCUGACGCCAGCGCUCAACAAAGCGUCUUUCACAUACCAGCGUCAGUUCGACGAGUACGAUCAGGAGAAUGAGGGACGCAUCGGCUAUUGUCGAGGCAUGUCGACCGCGUCCUUGACAACCUUCUUCCGAAACUCGCCAACCCUUGAGCACGUCAACUUCACCCUCUGUCCUCUUCCCGCCGAUAUGCUCGUCUCCGCCCUCGCCUACGCUCCCUCGACCUUGACGACUCUCUGCAUCGGCGGCACGGCAGCAGCGAGCGACUCAGUCAUCGACCGCCUGCACUCCCUCACCCCACACCUCAAGUGGCUUGACGUUUACGCGUACAACAAGGUCGCCACCGUCUCGGUGCAAGCGCUAGCGCGCCUCGCCCAUAGGCUGAAGAAGUCGAACGUCUUGUCGUGGUGGAUUGGGUCGAAGUCGUUGACUAUCGUCGCCAACAAGCCUUUCAAUGACGAAGAGCCGACGCUCCCCGACCUUCGCACCUCUCUCCGCGCCCUGCUCCUCACGCUCUCGGACGCCCAGCUCGCCCACAUCCCGCCGCACCUCGACCUCAACCCUUCUCCCUCCGCGCCUUCCUAUGAGGACGUCGAAGCGGAAAUCCUCUCCCUCGCCGCGCCUCCUCCUCAGCCGCCUUAUCCCGCAGCCGGUCCUCCAGCAGGCGCUUCUCCCGCCGAGCUCGCCGCACAACAGAAGAAGCUUACUCCGCCUUACAAGCCGCCGGCGUCGCAGCAAAUCUUCGACGACACGGUCGUCGCCCUCCAGAAGUGGAACAAGCGCCGCGAGGAGGAGUUGGCAAUUGAGUGGAUGGAGAAGGCCGGAGUGCAGCUUGAGUGGAGCACGAGGUGCGGAGACCUCGACUGCCGUGAUUGCGAUCACCCGGGUGCGGACUUGUGGGAGGCGGACGAGGACGAGGACAAGUAG